AUGACCGCUCUCCUCUUCAACACCAGCACAGGGAGUACAGCCGCUCUGCCCCUCACCACUGACCCCUCCUUCAACCUGACCGCUCCCUCCACCCCCGGAGCCGGCCCCCUCUGCACCCUCUGCUGCUGCGGGGUCCUCAACCGCACCCUGGCUGUGGUGUUCAUGGUCAGUCUGACGUUUGCCAUCGUGGUGGGAAAUGUGGUCACGCUGACGGUGUUUGUGCAAACCAGACAGUCCAGGACGGCACAGGGAUAUCUCAAAGUGUCUCUGGCCAUAGCGGACAUGAUGGUGGGCGUCCUGGUCGUCCCGUUCUCCGUCUACACUGAGAUCACUCUAAUGGUCACCAGCGUCCCCCCGAACUGGUACCAGGGCAGUUCCAGCUCGCCGGCCCUGUCCACAGCUAUGGGCGGCCUGGUCAGUCCCUGGCAGCCCUGCAUGUUGAUUGGACCGGUUUUUGCAGGAUGCACCUUUGUUUCCAUCAGCACCAUUUUCCUCAUGACGGUGGAGCGUAGCAUCGCCAUCCUGAAACCUCUGCAUAAAGACUCUUUGGUGACCAGACGGCGAACGCUGCUACUCAUCUUACUUUCCUGGACGGCUAGUUUCAUGCUAGCAUUGGCCCCGUUAAUGUUCAGCAGUAACUUUACAAUGGAGUACAAUGAAUGCAGUCGUAUGUGCAACUACACCCCUCUUCUUCAGGGCGGACAUCUGCCUCCCGAUGCUAAUAUUUUGCUGUUAUUCCCUGCGUUUGACUUUACGCUUCUUGGUGGUACAUUAGCGGUCAAUAUUAUGUCUUUUACAAGUAUUCGGAGAUACACAAUCAAGCGUAAACUUCUUUCAGAGGGUAGUGUGAGUGAAACAGCAGGGGGCAGCGGCGGCGGAUGUCCCCAUAGACCGUCUUUCUCCGACAUUAAAGCCGCAAAAACGAUUGGUAUCUUGACAUUCGCCUUCACAGCGUCCUUCUCGCCAAUCGCAGUGUUUGUGCUCGGAAACGUGGUGGGAUACACAUGGUGCAACUUCUCAUUUUUUGCCUUUUGGAUAUUAACUUCAAACAGCUGUUGUAAUGUCAUCAUCUACAGUGUGAGGGACCAGCGCUUCAGGAAGGGGGUGACCUUGUUGUUUCAAAGAGAACAGUCCCCACCACAUGGAGAGAAAUCCUAA